AUUCCUGACAGUAACCAGUUUUCUCGUGCCACUGCGCGAAGAGAUUCCUGACAGUAACCAGUUUUCUCGUGCCACUGCGCAAGCCUCAUUUACUAAAGUCUGGAAGUCACACUUGUUGUUGUUUUUAACUUGGCACAAGAUCACCAAGCGAGACCUAUAACACUAGCUAUCUGUGUCAAGACAUUAUACAGGACUGUGCUGGUAUUUAGUUGUAGUAUUUAUAACCUGUAAGACACACCGCUUCAAGUCAAGUAGAUUUACCAUUUUGUUGCUUAAAGAAAUAUUACCAUUCCUAUUGUUAAUCAUCCAUCAAUGAAUCCUCACGAGGCGAGCACCUACUCACAGUUGAAGCUUGACGAACAAAUAAAGCUCAUUCAGAGAGUUUAUUCAAGUCACGUGAACAAAAUGACUUGGACAGACACGGAAUACGUAGUUCUGGAUAUCGGUUGUGCUACUGGAGAUGUAACUAAGGACAUUUUACUCCCUUUAUGUCCAGAUUCGGUUUCUGAAAUAAUCGCUAUCGACAUUCUUCCAGAGAUGAUAAACUUCGCAGAAAAUCACUACCCUCACCAGAAAAUUAGGUACAAAACAGGAGAUAUUAAAGAUAGGGCACUGGUUUUAAAACAGAAGAGCAAGUUCCAGAAGACAUUUUCUUCCUUCUCACUGAACAUGAUUUUUGACCACCAGCUUGUCCUUCAGAACGUGAAUUAUCUACUGUCCCCUGGCGGAGAAUUUAGCUUUAUUAUCGUCGCCACGGGUCCGCAGUAUAAGGCCUAUGAAGAGCUUGCGAGGUCAACAACUUGGGAACCUUAUAUGAAGGAUUGGAAGAACUUCAUCACUCCCAUGCACUACUGGCAAGAAAUCGAAACCGAAUACAAAACACUUGCCUCUAAAUGCGGAUUUGCAAUCAACGACAUAUCGGUGGAGUCUCUGACGUUCGGAUUCCCUGGCCCGAGCAAAUUCAAAAGUUUCUUAAAUACAAUAUCGCCUUUUGUAUCAAAAAUUCCAGACGACAAAACAGGCUUUAUAGAAGACACCUACCGGUUGUGUUUGAAACACGGAGCGUAUCAAAACCCAGAUGGAUCGAUUCAGCUGCCUCUAAAAAUCCUUUCCGCUUUGGCUACAAAAUUUAUGGAUCUUUCAGAUAGGGUUUCGUUCUGAUCAGACAAGUGUUAACAAUAACUGCAUAAUAAUGUGAACUUUCUUUAAAAUAUGUACUCUCAUUUUUCACCGGUGCAGAU